AUGGCAUCUAUGGUUACGUCUUGGAGCCCCAAUAAAAAGCAUACUGAUGUGGAAAGAUGGAUAUGUAUAUAUCCUGCCUACAUCAACUGUAAGAAAACUCUAGCUGAAGGACGCCGUUUACCGAAGUCAAUUUGUGUUGAAAAUCCUACUUACCAAGAGAUGAGAGAUGUGCUUUUACCUUCAGGACUACACAUUGGUGUUGAAAACAAGUUAUACCCACGCGAACGUAGCAAAGAAAUAUUAUACAGAGGAAGACUGAGAGUAGAAAUUAAAAAUGAUGAUGGUACACCUAUCAAACCAGAAUUUUCUACUAGGGAAGAUGUGAUGAAAUAUCUAGUGGAAACAAUUCCUAAACUUAAAACUAGACAAAACAGACCAGCUGAACAGCAACCCCAGCCUGCAGUGCAAGCAAUAAAUAAAAGCAAAGGAAAGAAAGGCCGUCGAUGA